ACCGCCUCGUGCUCACUGCCAUCCACGUGGAUGGAUGGAUGAUAAACAAAUCCCCCCUCACUCACUGUGAUAAAUAUAUCCCCUCCGCACAGAGCAUCUGGAUUGAUGGCCCCCAGUGACACGCAACAGCAUCUCACCCAUCACACAACACACAGGUUCAGAACAGCCCAGCAGUUGGCUGAUGCCAGAUGCAGCACCGUGUUCGCCCCCUCGAAGCCGCUCAGCCACCCACACACAUACAUAGGCACAUAAACGCACUGCUGACCAGUUCUCUCCUCACUUCUCCCCUCUUGCCCCACAUGAUGGACUUACCCCAACAGUACGAUGCGCUGAAGGUGACCCAAGACAUACCGAUUGGAGGACGGCCGCACGGAAGAAUAGACAGGCAGACACACGGAGGGUCGACCGGGGAGAGCAGCGAGCAAGCGAGACAGACAGACAGGUUUGCUCUCUUAGAUACGAUCUCAGGCAGUGAGUGAAAGGGCAAUAAAAUCUCACUCUCAACACCACCGGCGGCUCCGUCAAUCCUCCGCUGUCACGUCACGUGUCUGGUGCUAUCACAUAUGCGCAAAAGGGGCGUCAAACAGACACACACAAGCCAGCCAGCCCACACAAGCUCACGGCACCAUCCCUUUGCGAAGAGCAGUGCUCACGCGUUGCCCAUUCCCGAGAGAGCGGUGCAACACAACACGCACACCCACGCUAGCUACCAAACAAAUCAUCAGCGCUUCCUGGAUGGAUGGAUGGAUGGACCAAACAGCACACACCUCAUGUGUGAGACGAUAUACAUCGGACCGAAACACAACGACAGAAGGGGCGAGCCAGAGCAGCAAGCAACGAGCAAACGAGACAGACAGACAGGUUGGAGACACACGCAAGACACUCGGUGGAUUGGAUACAAUCAAAGCAACACAAAACACUCAGUGUACUACCACACACACACAACCAACCACACACACAGAGACGUUGACGCCACUAGAAAAAGACACACAGAACACACAAGCCGGCCGGGCAGAGGACCACAAAACCGAUACACAUCAACCAACCACGCGGCCCGCCCCCCUCCGCCCAUAGAUUAGAUCUAGAUGCAGGCCAGCUUUGGGGGGCAUUCCCUCUCAUGCACACAUCAUAUUCUGCUCAGGUCGCGGCCGAACAUUCUGCUCUUCAUCCAGUCGAAGAGCACCAGCACCCGGUUGCGCAGGCUCACCUGCUUGACGAAGUACACCGAGCGCCACAAGAAGAACCCGGCCUGGCCUGACGCCUUUAUCAGGUCCAGAUCGUUCGCCUUCACAUACACAGACAGCCACAGAGAGAGUUGUGGGUGGGUGGGCUCUUUCUGGCUAGGCUGGCCCCGUCCGUGUGUGUCGUCACCCACCAACCUGUAUGUGUGCGAGCCCCUUGUCGUUGCCCAGGUAGGCCAGCAUCCCGUAGUUGAAGAACCUGCAAGACAACGCCACUACGUUUGCCCGGGGCAAACAAGGACAAGCGGCCCAUGUCGUGUCGGCAGCAUACAGUAAGUACCUGAAGGGGUCGGCCUCCUUCUUGCCCAGGGUGCGCAAGAGGUUGAAGGCCUUCCUGACGGCUCCGUUGUCGCCAUUGUCGCCAUUCUUGUCGUCGGGCUGCACUGGCGGCUGGUCGUCGGGCGUGCUCAAGUCGUAGCCUCUAUUCAGCAUGCGCGCCAGGUAGUCCCCCUGCUGAGAAGCCACCUGCAAUUUACCGCAACGCAGAGGCGGUGGGGUUCUGUGAACGAGGGUGGGUCUUGACUCUCUCCCACCCACCCACGCAUCCCCGAGGCACCGCACCUGUGCUGUUUGCGGGAGGAUCGGGUCCAUCUUGGUGCAGUCGCCCAUUGCGAGGAUGCUGCCGUUGGUGCCGUAGACGCGAAGCCACGGGUCGAUCGUCAGCUUCCUGGCACGGGACGUCCUGAGUGGAUGGAUGACGGGAGGGAGGGAGGGAGGGAGGACAUCAGAAGUCAUCAUAUGCCGUGUGUGUGAGCUGAUGGCUCACAUUUCCGCCUGCACAGCCACUUUCUCGAUCAGGCGCCUGGUGGAAGAGAGCCACAACAGUGCAGUCAGUGAGUAUCUGUCCAUCCAUCAUCCAUCCAUCAGGUGCACAUGUGCCCUUCCGUUAGCUGAGCCCACUCGGUGAUUUUCCUGGGCCCCGUGCCAGCCGUCCAGACGGCCAGACCAUACGGCAGCUCCGUCCCAUUCUGGAUGGACGACGGUAGGCAGGCACGCAGGCAGGCAGGCAGGAAUGGGAGGAUGCAUUGCUGGGUGUGGUGUGCUAUGUAUGAUUCACAUACGUGGAGCGUCAUCGAGUAGGGCCCGACUGCCUUGACGCGCGUCUCCAGCGCCACCUCCACCCCGGCAGUCUGAACACACAUAACACAUCCGUCCGUCCAUCUAUCCAUCCAUUGGCACACGCAUGUCAUUCAGGCGUGUGUGUGGUCUUUCUUGUCGGGAGACUUACGGUAAUGACGUUAAGGCCGACGGCCCGCAGGGACUCCUCGAAGACGGGCAGGAUGGUCGGACCCGACUGAAUCAUCACCACACGCGCCAACGACUUGAGCCUGCAUCACAAGAUUUCAAUGCACACACAGAACGGGAGGGUGUGUAUCGUGUCAGGUACACACACGCAUGCAUGGGUGGAGGAGGAGAGCUGGCUGGGCUGACUUUGGGUAAAGUGUCUUGAACUCGGUUGACAGCAGGUCAUACAACUCGCCACAAAACUCCACACCAGUGGGCUGAAGAUGCAGACAGACAGACAGACAGACAGACAGCACAAUGGUCUGACCGGCGUCGGUAUGAAGCUUUGCUUGCAUGAGUGCCUUUGUGCUCCACAUACUCCGCCUCCACACACGACAAAUGUCAGGAUGCGCCGCUUCGCCUCUUCAGUCACCUCGGGGAUGUUCGCACUAACCGACAGCCAUCAGCAAAGAUGGGAAAUGUGCCUGCCCGUUUUGGUCCCCUUCCUUGUCUGCCCCACCGACCGCUCGAAUCUGUCCUGCACGGCACUUCUGAGCCUGCGGGCGUCGUCGACCUCCUUGAGGAAAUAGCAGUUCUCGUACACGCCCUUAACGCCGAACGAUGACGACAUGACGCCAGGGGAGAAGACCAGCGUGUCGUACGGGACGUUCAGGUCAAUCUUGCUGCCUGGGAGAUGCAUAGAUGCAUGGUUCGUUCAAGUAGACAGACAGAGAUGGUUCUGAGAGAGGGAGAGGGAGCUCGUGUGAUGUGUGUGAGAGUGGGCAGCCAGCACACCGACCGUCGUUUGUCUGCAUUCUGGUCCUCAUGCGGACUGUCCUGUUCUCCGGGAAGAUAUCGGUGGCCUCACCUGACCAAUCAGUGACCAUACCACAUGCCAUGCAGCAGAGCACCACUCCUGUGCGCCAGCAAUGCAAUCGGUGUGCGCAUGUCAUGUCACCCACCCUCAAAGUAACUGGCGUAUGGGUUUGCCUUUCUCAUAGGCUCAGUGAUGCUUCGAUACUCGACCGUCCCGACACUCGCAGCGGCCAACAGCGGCGUGAAAAGGAAGUAGUUGCGAGGCGAUAUGAUGACAACAUCAAACCUGACACACAUCCGGGAUACACACACGCACACACACACGUGUGGUGGCCGGCCGGCCGGCAGGCAGGCAGCUGUGUCGUGUCCAUGGUGGUUCGUUCUCACUUGUGAGUGUCGAUUGACUUGAUGAAUGCGUGUGAGGACCAUCCGGACCCGAUGACCACUAUUCGGUGCUUGCGCGGCCCCUGCUCGUCACCCAACUCAUCCUCAGACCUGAACAAGGUUUAGGAAGCAAGAUCUGUGUGUGAGUCGUCUGUCUGCAUGGCUGAUCUCUGACCUCAGCUGUCUGCUCCAAAAGAGCGAUGCAUCUUCAACCGUAUCCAGCACUGCAACAAGCCACACACACACACACACACACACACAGAGAGAGAGAGAGAGAGAGAGAGGGCAUCACUGCGCCAGCCACCAGCAGACGACAACCACCACUUACACGAGGUGCCCACUUCGUCCACCAGGGCCAUCACGCUCUGCUGCAUUCACAAGCAUUCACAGCUAGCUGUGGUCAGGCACUGCACGACAUCUGCCCACCUGCCUCCGUCUUCUGUUGUCCUCGGCUGUGUCCAGGCCCCUCCCCCGCUCAUCAGGGACUCGUAUGUUGGUCACUUCCGGCCGGGUCUUGAUCUCCUGCAUGUGCACUGGUGCCCUGCGCCUGCGCGAGAAGAUGCCCUUCAAGCCCUUGUGGCAGCCCGAGCGCUGAGUGACGUGCUGGGUGAUGAAUGAGGGACUCUUGGAGACUGCAUCUGAGCUACUGACGAUGCAGGCGAGUGCUGCCAAGAUCGAUGCCGUCCGCGUCGUCCGCCACACCAUGGCUGCUGCCGCUGUUGGCCUGUUGGGCAGCCUUGGCAAGCGUGUCCCACCAGGGGUGUCCCAAACUCAGCCGCGGCAGAACCGUCUGUAAACGCUCAAGCACAAGUCGUCGGGAAUGACAUGAUCUGGAUCUCCAUCAUGAUCACUGCGAAGGCCUCCGAUCGCG